UUGAAUCACCAACAUUGUGUUAUACAACUAACUUUAACAAUAGGCUUAAUUUUCCUUGGCGCUCCAGUAUGGAAUAUAAAAAUAUUGAAAGUAUACCCUUAAUCUCAAAGUCAAUACCCAAUUACACAUUAAAUGUUCCAAAUACAAUUAAUACAUUGAAGUUUCCCAACCUAGUAACAGGAUAUAAAUACAAUGCAUUAGAUACUUCAAAAACUGCUCACCAUACCCAAUAUACACCAGAUGAUUGGUUUCAAAAACAACUGAAAUAUUAUAAUGAAGCAGAUUCAUGUAGACAUUCCUCAGAAAGACUUAGAAAUGAAGCUUUACGAAUUAUCAGAGAUGCUGAAGAAAAAGUGCAAUCUGGACAAGAUGAUACUGAUAAGACUAUUAAAAACAUUGAAGGUCCAUUGCAUAUUGCAGAGGAGUGCCUUCAUCAUAGAGAAGCUAGGAAAGAUACAGAACUUGUGCAUGAUGAUUCAGAAAAAUGUUUGCUUAGAGAGAUAGAAAUCAUAAUUCGAAAUAGAAAACAAUUGAAUGCCUUCUUAGACAAAUGCAAGAAUCAGGUACGAGAUUGCAGGAUCUCUCAAUGUCAAUUAGAAUUAGACUUGAAAGGUAAAGAAAAUGCAUUAGGUAUAGAUACAAUGUGUCACCAAUUGAAUAAUUAUAGCCGUGGAUUACGAUAUUAUACAAUAAUUGAGAAAAAUAAUGCAUGCUUUGCUGAACAAGAUACAUGGAUGCAUGCUACUAAUCAAAUAGUUGAAAAAUCACAGACAGAGAGGAGUAAGUCCUGUCAAUUAAGGUUAAAUGCAGAAGCUCUUAUGAUUAAAAUUAUGCAAGAAAUGUGGAAUGCAUGGAAUGAUACAAACAAUGCUUUAGCACAUAGAUCUUCUGAAUUACUCGGAGCUAAAAAUAAACUUGAACAACAUUUACAAAUGGUGCAGCAAGAAAUCUUUGAUGUUGAAAAAAACUUGCAGUUGAUACGGAAAGCUAUUGCAGAUAAGAAUCAUGUACUGAAGGUAGCAUAUACUAGAUUGGAAGCUAGAAUGCAUCGACUAAAUAUUGAGCUUUGCCGUGACUAUGCACACAUAAGCCUUGAAAAAGAAAUUAUCGAGAUAAAUCACCAAAUCUUAAGAAUGUACAAAACAUUGAAGGAAUUAGAGAAUCAACAUCAGAAAUUAUUAAAAACACGAGCGAUAUUGGAGCAUGAUUUUGCGCUGAAGAUCGACGCGAUACAUAUUGACCGAGAAAAAGUCUCUGGUAUUAGACGUGCUUAUCCAAUUAAUGUUCUUCUUAAGUUUUAACGAGACUCUAUUUAUAAAUAUUUAUUGCUAUACAUCAACAUAUUGUUGC